CUCACGUUCAACCCUCACCUUUCACGAGCCCUGCGAGCAGAAUUAUUUCGACGUUUAGCGAACAGCCCCGACCUACUGCCGGCGUUCGUCAUCAAUCGAUCAUCAUCUAUCAUCACCAUCUUCAGCGCUCAUCGCCGGCAACCCGCAGCACCGCCUCCGCGAUCAUCACUGUCGUCAGGCCCUCUCGCUGCACGUCACCAUCAUCAUUACCGAGAGACAGUCAAGAAGAUGCAGCAGGUCCACUGCGGCGCCACCAUCACCCUCCGUGGGGUCCCGUCGAGUCCCGUCGGAGUGUCGGGCGUAGCC